AUGUUUCCUAAAUCCAUAGCAAUCCAAUCUUUUGAUUUUUCGCCUUCAAUUUUUGUAAAAACAAUGGUUCUUAAGUUGCUCUUUUUUGCUCAUUUUAGCCCACUUGUUCAAGAAGUAAACAAACCGUCCACGAUGGAUAAAGUUGCAGAAGUGCAAAAUGUCAUUGAAAAUCUUGUUCAUAGUCGAGAGAAAAAGGAAGACAAGAUUCAAGAUUUAACAACUUAUACUGAAAUAAAAAAUGAUCACAUGAAAGUAAAAAAACCACAAAAACUAAGAAAGCAAAAGAAACGUUUAUCAAGAAAUGAAAUAAAAAACAUGGGAUUAUAUUCACUUCCAAAGAAAACUCUUAAAUAUAGCGAUUAUACUGAUCUCAAUUCAAUGUGGAAUUCUUACAUGGAUCAACAAUUUGGAGAUAACAAUACAAAGCAAUUGGAAUUGAAGUUUAAUCCAGCACAUCCUCAUUACGACAACACUAGCGCUUUAAUUCACAAAAGCGAUCUUCAUGGUGCUAAACUUAAAGUCAAAAUGUCUAAAUGUGCUAGUUUAAUAGGACAUAAAGGAAUAAUUUUGAUGGACACAAAAGGAACAUUCUCAAUAAUCUGCAAAGACAAUGUUCUCCGAACAAUACCAAAAAGUGAUUCAAUAUUUGAAUUAAAAUGGAGAUCUCUAAAAUUUGUCGUAUAUGGCAAACAUUUGUGUUAUCGAAGUGCAGAUCGAAGUACGAAAAAACGCAAAGUCAUGUCAGAAAUUGAAUUGGAGACAGAGUUUGAGAAGAUUAAUCUCGAUGAAAACUCCAAUAACCAUAGAGAAGAGUCAAAAUGCGAUUGCAAAAAGAUUCUUCUGAAGCCUCUUGAGCAUUCGAACACAGGAAGCAGCUUGAAGGUCAAAGAUAAAAGAAAAAAUCUCAUCAAACCAGCGCGUUUGAAGAUGAUUGGAACGUGCUUGGCUCGAAAAUCACGAAAUAUUGGAAGUGAAGAACCAGAAGAUACAAAAGUGGUAGUACCAGAACUCACUGAUGAUUUGGAAACUUUCACCAGCGAAGCGUUUCUUAAAAUGCGUAUAACACCUUCAGAUGUGCUGAGUCAUCAAGCGUCAUCACCUUCUGAGGACAAAGAUGAGAAAUCAUCUUCCGCAUCUCAGCCUAAUUCAUGCUCAGCUCAAGCCAAAUUGCAGCAGCAAUUCUCGUCAUCUGAAUUUGAUUCAACCAUAGAUGAAAUGUCCGAAUGGAUGUCAUACCAUUUGAAUUUAUAUCCACGCGAUAAGUUUCUUGUAGACUCAAUGUACACGUAAAUCUUAAGCAACCUAAAGCCAUUAUCAUUUUCUGUUAUAAUCUAUUUCUCUCCUUUCAUUUUAAUAAGUCGUCAUAAAUAUAAUGUUUUGUGAAAUGUAA